CUGUAAGUCUGUGAGGACGCAGCGCUCACAGAGGCUUCCUGGGAUCAGAUACGCGUUUAUUGGCGAUGAAAGAAAUAUUUGGCUCUUACUUAGCUGAGAGAACAGCUCCGGCUGUCACGCGUGUCCUGAGCUUUUAUGACUGUGCACCGUCCUGCGCGCUGCUGGAAACCUUUGAGUCUUCAAACUCAGUUUGCUUUGAAUCAUCUUUAUCGUGCUGACCUGAGCCGGUACAGUCUGGAGAUUUACAGCUUUGCUUCUUUUUCAUUCCUUCCAUGUUUGACUUCCUGUUUAUUUAUUUUAAUAUUAACAGUGUUUCCGAGCCGUUAUAGAUCCGGACACUUUCUCCGGAAUCUGCUUUUAUAAACACCAUAAAAUGAAGUACUUUCCCCCCUUUUUCUUUUCAAGUAAAUAUAAAAUUGUCAAAACUGACCUGUAACACCACAGAUGUUGCUGUAGUUCAUAACAUUAAAACGAAAAAUAAAUAAAACAAAUGUAUUUUACAGACAUAUUGAAAUACAUCUCAGUAAUAUUGAGGUAACAUAACAACAUUUAUUUUUUUAUAGAAUUGUCUUGAUGUUCAGUUUACCUUUUUUUGUUUUGAAUGUAAAAAGAAAAAUAGUAAACCAGUAUAACCAGUAUAAACCAGCUAUAUAAAUACAACGAAACUGAACUGAAUUACUGUUGAGUGCAUGUAGCUCAGAUUUCAUUUGCUGCAGUGAGAAACCAGAAGUUUCUCACUGAAAACACAUCACUGUGCAAAGAACAAAGAACAGCUUCAUGAUGGCUUAUUUCAAGCUACUUAUGACUCGCUACUUCAUCAGUAAAAAAGUUGUUUGCAUUUAUGACACGAUGCCUGUAAUACACCUGGGGUUUGGCUGCUAAAUCUAUUUGUUUAACUGGUUAGCAGCUGCAUGCAUAGAGCACACAUUUGCAAAGUACCACAAUCCCAGAAUUUCCCUCCGUGAUGCUCUGUGAUGCUCUGUGAUGCUCUGUGGGCUCUCCCCACUGUGUGGAUCCUUCACAGAAAGCUGCUCUCCAGGAUGUUUGACUCUGUAGCUGUUGUUGUUAUUUGCUUACAGCAUGCAGAGGUGGAACAGCUGCUGUCUGUGAGCCCGACACCAUGUAAUCCUGCAGACAUGUUAACUGCAGGCCUCGUGGUCGGACUGCUCGGUGCCCUCAUCUCGGGUCAGCGAGCGGAGCUCCUCGGUGCCACUGUUGGAGGCUCUGUGCUGGUUACCUGUAAACUCCCAGUUCCAACAAGGCCAAAGUGGUUUUACUGGCAGGAGGACGGGACUGAAAACAUUUUGAUUCAUUGUGAACAAACGUGUCAACAAACAACAUCUGAAGUCUACAGGAACAGAGUUACAGUCUUUGCUUCUGAGUUUGGAUCGGGGAACAUCUCCAUUAAACUUCACAGUGUUACAGCUGCAGACGACCAGAAGUCGUUCUGGGUCAUGGCUUCCUUCAAAGACAGACGUGAGCGCCGCUGCAACUCAACACUGCAGGUUUCAGCUUCCUACAGAGAUAUAAACCUGACCAUUGACACAGCAGACACUGCGACCUGCACAGCGCGUGGAGGAUACCCUGAAUCCAGCGUGUCAUGGUCGGGUCAAAACACGACCGGUGGUGAAUAUGUGGACCUGCAUGAAUACAAACCGACCCACGAGAGGGACGCAAAGGAUGGAACCUUCACUGUCAGGAGCUCCGUCAGUGUGAAGGACCUGGUGUCGGUGACCUGCCGCAUCACCAACCCUCGCUCCAACCAAAGCAUCAACACCACCACAAAGAUAGACAGAGAUGGUGCUGGUCCAGACACAAAUCCAGGAGUGCACGCAUUCAUACGUCUAGUUUCUGUCUCAGUAGCAUUAGUAAUAGCAGGAUUAGCAGUAGGCACAUACAUCUGCUACAAGAAACGCUGCAAAUCUGGCGAUGAAUCCAACGGACAACUGAAUGGAGAACAGCCAGGAGGUGAAAACCAUGCAGACCAACAAAUGGAGCUCCAAGAAGAAUCUCAAGAGGCAGCAAAUGAAGGGAGCAGAGACGACGAGGAUCCACAGGAUGAAGAUGAGUGGGGAGAUGCACAUCGAGACAACGUGGACCAAAACCUUCUAGAUGGGGCAGAAAACCAGGAGCACCGCCCUGCAGGUGGUGCAGAGCAAGGCGGAGGCAGCGUGCACGCAAACACUGACUAAACUGAGGAUGGAUUCAUUGUUCGACUGCACUCACACACGCUGUGAACAGGACGACGGCUGUGCGGCCGACACACCAGAGGCGUCGGCAGAGUCGUUUCCUGAAGAGUUUAAACCUUUUUAUUUGCACAGUUCAGUUUAAAAUGACCUGUUAUUGGCUCGUUCUUAGUGCCAACGAGUUCUUCUCCAGGCGGACUCAGUGAAACCUAAAACCAAUGAACGAUGCAGGGAGCUAAAAUGUUCUGUUUGAGCUCUGCUUUUGCCUCAAGACGCCGAGAAGGAUGAAACGAUCAAAUGAACCGUGAGCCGGUGAAGCUGCUGUGACUGACUGAGCUCAGCUUUCCUCGAGCAACAAAACAAGGAUUUCGCGUCUUUACUGUUUCCCAGCUGAACAGGGUCCGAUCAGCUGCACCGUUUUCUUGUUUGUCACUUUAUUUAAAGAUUCUGAACUGUAAGAGUCUACAGUCCAGAAUGUCAUAACUUAAUGCUGUUUUAGAUGUUAGCUGACAUCUGCUGUAUGCUGUAAAUACAGAUUAUAGGAGGCUGAAUCCAUCUUUGCUGUGUGAGAAUGAGGAGCAGUGAUGACUAAUAAUGAUUCAGCAGCAUGUGAAUGGAGUGUUGCUAUGAACAUGUUCACAACAGUUUUACUCCUUUACUUCAUCUUUUAUAUAUUUAUUUAUACAUUUUAAUUUGUGUGCAUUCGAUACACAGCUGGUACAGUAACACACUGACAAACAUGAAACACUGGAAAUUUAGGGACAGGGGGUGGAAGAGGCAACAGGACAAUUUAUGCAUGAUCCACGUGGUCAGAUGUUCAUAUGCUGCGCUCACUGAUCCUCUGAAGCUAGUAAUACUGACCAGGGAGCAGAAAGGAAGCAACGCGUUUGCAGGUAAUUUCAGAUGCAUCAGCUUAACAAACAAACUGUUUCUAUGCUGUCAGUGUGUCUGGCAGCUAAAGGUCCAACUCACAAAGAAACGAAACUAACUCGAGAAAGACGAGAAAGGAAGGAGAGAGCUUCGAGUGGUCAUUUAAAGCUUACAUGUCAGUCCUCAUGUUUUUGAAUCAGUCCAACAGCGUCACGAUCAGAACUGCCAGAGUUAUUUUCCCAACUGGACCAUUACAGCAUUUCUUAUAAUGGUCCACGAGUCAGAGUCUAUUACAGGUUUUUAUUUAUUUAUUUUUAAAAAUUUGAGUUUGUACAACCACAACGUAGGAGACCGGGGGACGGAAAAGAGAAAGGAGAAAGAGGCGAGGAGGCGAGGCGAGGAGAAGAGGCGAGGAGACGAGGCGCUCCCCCAGCUGCCGGUUACGCCAAAGCACUUUCCCCACGCUGAGCCCUUACAACUGAUGUUAGGCUCCCCCCACCCCCGACUUUCAUGUACUCACUUUUCUGUUUACAUUAGUAUAGACACAAGGUUCGGUUCCCUUUGCAUCAGACCAGCGGAGCUAUGUUUUUAUUUCUCAUGUUACAUUUCAGAGCCGGUACUUUUUUACCUUGACUUGAGUAAAGAGGUUGAAUCAGUACUUCAGCUUUUACUGGAGUAUUCUUUAAGUGUACUUUUGCCACCUCUGGUUAUUCCAUACUUGUUGGAAGUUCACAGGAUUUUGGGUAACUGGUGCUACAACCUGCGCUGGUUCACUUUGGAGCCUCAUUUCAUCCUAAAACUAAAGGAGAGUUUAACAGGAUAUUUAAAGAACGUGUUGAGUUUGUGUUAGCUGCAGACACACAGCCAGCAGGACCUCCUUUAAUGAUGCUUCCAGCUGCAAACAUCACAUUUCAGGGAGACUUCACUGUAAACACAAAGGUCUGUCACACCUGCUCUCCGACGCGUUGACUCUCUCUGCUCUGCACGUGUCCACGACCUAACACACUUACAGUCAUCACCACCACAACAGCAACACAACGGGCAGCUAGUGGUCACAAAAGCACCGAGCACUCACGGCUCCACUGAACCUCGCCUGGAGCCCGAGAGCGUCUCCUCACUCCAGGUUAUGGAUUACAGAUGACAUCAUGACCUCGGUUCUUCCGAAGAGUCCGUGUGACUGUUGUAAAGAAAUGUACAGUAAUAAAUGUGCAUGCGUCCGCUGUAUGUAUAUUUAUAUUAACUGUGUUAACACAAAGUGACGAUCAGAUUACUGUAAAGAAUCAAUGAAUCUGCUGUUACGAGCACAGACUGGGAUUAAAAGUUCUAAGUAUUACUUUCAGUUACUUCUAAAUUAUAUUUCAUUUGUGUCAUGGUGACACACCUGACAGCACGUCUGUCCUUCCUGUGGUGAUGUCAGUACGAUAAAGUCAGGAAUCCCUAACACGUGAGGACGAUCAGCUCCAAUCAGCUCCGGGGAAUUUAAACCUGGACAUCUGUGGGACUGAGUGACCCUUGAGGUGACCCCUUUUUUUCCCCCCAUCCA